GCAGGAAUGGGUGGUGGGAUUGUAGGCAAGGGACUCGACAAUGGCUUCAGCAGCAGCAGUGGAAAUAACAGUGGUACCAAUAGUGAUGACGACAGCGACAAUUAUGCUGGCUCUGCCACCAAGGAUAACAGCAGCAAAGAGAAGCAGUCAGGAUUGCUUAAAAAGUUAUCGGCAAUGACGGAUACAAACACUAGUCUGGAUUUGGCGUCGUUCAGUGGCAGAAUGCUCACCAUUGAUGCUCUGGCAGGAACAUUAGCAACGAUGAGCAACUCCACUGCAACUCCAGCUUCAACGCGCAGCUCUGUGGGAAAGUCUGUUGCAGUAGACACAGCGUCAUCUAAAGUAUUGACUACCAAACUCGCAUUAAAGCCAGCAGCAACAUCAUCGUCGCCGCGCGGAAAAGUAUUGUCAGCCAAGCCAUGCUCUCCUUCAGCCAAAUUACUGCCGGCUAAACCUGGUCAGACGGUACAUCUCCCAUGUCAUGGACCAACACCGACAGGCAAGGUCAUGUCAGCAAAGCUCAUUAGCACAGAUGUUUCUGCUGGCAGCUCUUCUGCUAGCAAGGUGCUUUCGACAAAGACAUCCUCGAAGCGAGUGUCAAUGGAUAUUGCUUCCAAUGAGCUUCCAACCACAACCACGCACUUCCUUGCCACGCCAAGACGGCUGUGGUCGGCUAGGGGUCUCUCCGCAAAAAAGACAGAUAGAGGUCUGGGCACUGAACAGUCAGCAGACACUCCGGCCCAUUCGCCAGCUGCACGCAAGAUCCGAGGCAUGUACUGAAUACACACAAACCAC